CACAGGCGGGCACAGGCAGCCCUGGCCCUGGCACCCUCCCGCUCAGGAGCCCGUGGCCGUGCCCAUGGCAGCCCCGUGGCCCACCCUGAGCCUGCUGCUCUUGCUGGGGACGUGGGCCAUCCCUGGGCAGGGAGGAGUUGCCUGGAGUCCUGGAGAGCCCCCCGUGCAGCUGAGCGGCGGCGGCUGCCGCUGUGCCGGGAGGCUGGAGGUGAGGUGGGAGGGCAGCUGGAACCGCGUGUGCCGGGACAUCCUGAGCAAGGUGGGCACGAGGGACAUCUGCCAGCAGCUGGGCUGUGGCCCCCCCGUCGCUGAGCCCCACCAGCUCGUCCUGGUUGGCACAAAGGAGCCGGAGGUGCGGGCGCUGCGGUGCCCGGCGCGGGUGGGCACCCUGGCGAGCUGCCCCUGGGUGCUGGGAAACUGCACAGAGCACGUUGUCCUGGCCUGCAGAGAGCCGGAGAAACCCAGCCCUGAGCCCACAGCCAUGGCCCCAGUCACCACCCCGGAGCCCACCGGACCUGCCAGGCUGCGGCUGGUGGACGGGGACUUUGGCUGCUCGGGCUUUGUGGAGCUGUACAAGGAGGGGCUGUGGGGGUCCGUGGCCAGCAGCCCGGGGCUGGGCACCCGCGUGUGCCGGGCUCUGCGCUGUGGCGCUGCCUUGGCCGGCGGCAGCUCCGCCGAGCCCGAGCGCCACAGCCACUUGCCGGUGCGCUGGGAGGUGACGGAGCCCUGCGAGAGCCAUCUGCUCACCGACUGCUUCAACAGGAGCAGCACCCGGCGGGGGAAAGCGCCCGCCUUCAUCAUCUGCUCCGGCUCGCAGCCCCAGGCCCUGAGGAGGCUGGCAGACGGCCCCACGCCGUGUGAAGGGCACAUCGAGGUGUUUGAGGCGGGGAAGUGGCAGGUGCUGUGUGACCGUGGCACAGAGCGGGCACGGCGGGGCCAGGAGCUCUGCCACGAGCUGGGCUGUGGCAACCUGUCCUCCAGCACCAGGCUGCAGGAUCCCCCUGCCCUGGGGGUCACCUGUGAGCUCCCCACGCUGCACCUCUGCCCUGGCAGCUUCGGGGCUCCCCGGUCCUGCUCCCGCACCAGAGUUGUGUGCCAGGACUCGAAGCCUCAUCCCGUUGGCACAGCAGCGGGCACCAUCGCCAGCAUCUGCCUGGCACUGCUCCUCCUCGGCGUCCUCCUGCUCAUCUGUGGCCCUCCUGCCUACAGGAGGCUCAGCAAGAGAAUCUCCAAGAAGAAGCAGCGUCAGUGGAUCGGCCCCACGGGACUCAACCAGACGGUGUCGUUCCAGCGCAGCAGCACCGUGGCAGCGCGGCCGCCCCGGGCAGAGCCCCAGCGCCUGCAGGGAGGGGACAACGACUACUCCCAGCCCCCCCUGAAGAGCUCCCAGCUCUCUGCUUACCCAGCCCUGGAAGGCGCCUGCAGAGCCUCCAACCCCGUGGACAACUCCUCAGACAGCGACUACGACCUGCACUGUGCCCACAGAGUGUGAGCCCCAGCCCCAGCCAGCCUCUGCCCUCCUUGGCCACCCCCUCCCAGCUGCUGGAUGAGCAGCUCUUCUGGCAUCUUGGGGCAUCUUUCCCCUCAGCCACCUCCCCAGCUGGGGCUGCAGCCCUGCUCAGGGCCAUUCUGACCCCUCCACAUCCCAGCCUGGGGGGGAGGGUUGAGCAGCAUCAUCUCCAAAGGCCUCUUCUACCCCAAACACUUCUGGGGUUGUACAGAAUGAGCUGAGGGAAGAGCUGACACAUCCUUGAGCUGCUCCCCUGGGAAGGGGAUCUCCCUGAGGGCAUCCCCCAUCCCUCUCAGGGCAUCCUCCAUCCCUCUCAGGGGUUCCUACACCCCCUGAGUACCCCCAUGCCCCCAAGAGCAUCUCCCAUCCCUCUGAGGGGGUCCUACACCCCCUGAGAGCAUCCCCCUUCCCUCUGAGGGGAUCCCCCAUCCCUCUGAGGGGAUCUUAGACCCCCUGAGAGCACCUCCCAUCCGUCUGAAGGGGUCCUACACCCCCUGAGAGCAUCCCCCAUGCCCCUAAGAGUAUCCUCCAUCCCUCUGAGGGCAUCCCCCAUCCCUCUCAGGGGGUCCCACAGUCCCUGAGGGCAUCCCCCAUGCCCCCAACAGCAUCCCCCAUCCCUCUGAGAGCAUCCCUCACCUCCCCCCUGAGUGUGAUGGGAGCUUUGAGAGCUCAGAUCCCCCCAAAUCCUGCCUGACAGAGCCAAACAGACCCAUACUCCUGUGUCCCAGCUCAUUGCAGGCACUUGUGGCUCAGCCCCAACCUGUCCCAGCACCUUGCUGAGAGGCUCCUCUUCCUUUUGAGGGGGAGCACAAGGCAGAGGGAGGGUCUUUCUGGAAGCUGUACAAACCUAAGAGCUCUCACACCCCCAGCAAGUGCAGCAGCCUCACUCCCAGCCCUCCCAGGGGCCUCUGACACCUUUCUCCAGGGGGAUAACCACGGUUCUGCCCCCAGGCUGGCAGCAGGGCUGGGCAGGAGCUGCUGUGGCAGCUGGGUGCUGAGGCUGGGAGCUCCCCAGGGCUGCUCCAAGGUGGGAGCAAAGCCUGGGCAGAGGGAGGAUGGGCACCCUGAGAGGGCCUUGGGCUGUUUAACAAGCAACAACUGUUGGAAUAAAAGUGGCUGUGGGGUUGGG